AGCAUCGACGCACGGUAAAGUGAAGUGAAGAGAGAGAGGGGGUAGAGAGAGAGCGUGAAGAAGCAGACAGACAGUGAGAGGAACUCAUGGCCGUUUCCGUCCCAAUUCUAGCCACCGUCGUCUCCCUCCACCUCAUCGCCUUUGUUCUUGCCGUCGGCGCCGAACGCCGUCGUAGUAAAGCCAAAAUCGUGCCCGAUGAGUACGACGACCGGACCUUCUGCGUUUACGACACCGAUGCGUCGACGGUGUACGGUCUGGCGGCUUUUGCUUUGUUGCUGGUCAGCCAGGUGGUGGUUCACGGUGUCACCAGAUGCCUCUGUUUCGGCAAAGGGCUUGUCACUGGUUGCUCCACCACUUGCGCCACUUUCUUCUUCAUUUUCUCCUGGAUUACAUUUCUGGGAGCAGAGGCAUGUUUGAUAGCAGGAUCAGCAAGGAACGCAUACCACACAAAGUACCGAGGCAUCUUCGGCCAAAACAACUUAUCUUGUGCAACUCUUCGCAAAGGAGUGUUUGCAGCUGGUGCUGCCUUGACAUUAUUGUCUUUGUUGGCUUCCAUUGUGUACUACUGCACUCACGCCAGGGCUGAUACUGGUGGCUGGGAGAAGCACCGGAAUGAAGGAGUUGGAUUGGCCACUUCCAAUUUCAACCAUCCCCAACAAGGUGGAGAGUUUGAAAAGGCCUGAAAUGAAAUAUAUGGCAUGGAUUGGUCUUACGCAAUUUUGGUGGCUAUGGGAGGAUGUAUAAUGUAUUAUUAUGGGUACUGCUGCAAACAAGAUAUAUAUAUAGAUGGUAUAUUAUGGUUGUUCUUACUUUCCUGCUCUGGUUAUAAUUAAUGUUAGUUUUCAAAAGUAUGAGCUAUGUUAUCUUCAUUUGCAUCUUAAAGUUCUCAUUCUAAUGUUAUAGUUUGAGAGCUUGCUUCUCAGAUUA